AAACACAUCGAAACAGUUCUGGCACCAUGGAUUACAACAGACAUGUCGAUCUGGUAUCGACAUAUGCUGUACCGAACACCUAUCAGCCACCGGAAACGCUACCCGAGCUAGCGAAAAGUACCGACUAUCCGAACAUGAACUCGUUGCACUACCGGCUCACGAAAGCGGUUCCGUUGCCGGAGAAAAAACUGCCCCCCUUUCUAGAUCUGGCCACUGUUAAUUGUGAGGGUAAUGUAAUUGUGGCCGGCAAUAACUAUACUGGCCGGCUGUGGGAAGGUGGAAUCUGUGGUUGGAAAACGACGGCGGAUCUUUUCCAGGAAGAGAAGAUAAGCUUCAGCAACCGGUGCGAUGCGAUCGUGACGGCACUGUGCUACACAGUGGAGGAUGCUUUGUUUAUUCUGGGCAAUGAUAGAGGAUCGAUCGAACUGUGGUCUACUGGGAAUGCAAUUCGAGGACCGGGUCUCUACAUGGUAGACAAACGGAAUGAACAUAUCGGCGCCAUUACGGCACUGGACAUAUUUCAUAACACCGAGCGGACCGUGAUUUCUGGAUCGGUGGACGGUUGCAUCAAGCUGUGGGAUUACAGCCAGGGUGAUUUGCAGUCAACCAACACGUUCCAGAAUGCUCAUCUCGGACCAAUUACGUCUGUGUCCGCCGAUUGCAUCCAGAACUCGUUGGCCGUAAGCUGCUCGAAAGACCAGUCUGCACUGUUGUGGGACUUCCGGGAAACGAAACCGGCUGUGGCACUGUACGAAAAGCACGAUGUCCCGUUUGCAACGAUCCGGUGGUGCGAUGAAGGCGUCUGGAAUCGAUUGGUAGCCAUUGGAGAUGAGAUGGGACGUGUGCACUUUAUCGAUACACGGCAACCGAACGUUUUUCUCGAGACGGUACCGUGUUUCGAUCGGAAGGUUCACAAAAUAUCAUUCCACCGCAAAAACUUCGCUGUGCUGGGAAAUACGCCAGAGGUUAAGUUUUUCGACGACAAAUCGAAAGAGAUUCUGGUGGAAAACAGUGCUUCGAACUAUGUUCGUGAUAUUGUUUGGGAUGGAACGAACAACGACGACCCAACGAUUUCCUCCUGCACACUGAUCGGAUGGGAUAGCUACGUAAAGCGGUUAACACUUGAAGUGAAACAGCCCUCAAGUGAGUGA